UUGUCAGUGUCCUAGUUAGCGUUAGCGAUGUUUUCUCUUUCGCUACAGCCGUAAUGGAUUAUUUUCGUCAGGUCGAGUAAAUAAAAGGAGGUUUGAGGAUUAAAGAAGGCCGUCAGUAUGUUCGGCCGGUCCAGGGGCUGGGUGGGAGGGCAGGGGAAGGUUAAAAACAUCCACUCUCUGGAUCAUCUGAAGUACAUGUAUCACGUCCUGACCAAGAACACGACUGUGACCGAUCACAACCGGAACCUUCUCGUCGAAACCAUUCGCUCCAUCACAGAGAUCCUCAUCUGGGGCGAUCAGAAUGACAGCUCGGUGUUUGACUUCUUCUUGGAGAAGAACAUGCUUGCGUUUUUCCUCAACAUCCUGCGGCAGAAGUCGGGUCGCUACGUCUGCGUGCAGCUCCUGCAGACGCUCAACAUCCUGUUCGAGAACAUAAGUCACGAGACGUCUCUCUACUACUUGUUGUCGAAUAACCACGUCAACUCCAUCAUCGUGCAUAAAUUUGACUUCUCCGACGAGGAGAUCAUGGCCUACUACAUUUCCUUUCUGAAGACGCUGUCACUGAAACUCAACAGCCACACCGUUCAUUUCUUUUACAACGAGCACACUAAUGAUUUUGCCCUGUACACGGAGGCCAUUAAGUUUUUCAACCAUCCAGAGAGCAUGGUCAGGAUCGCAGUCAGGACUAUCACACUCAAUGUGUAUAAAGUGGAUAACCAGCACAUGCUGCACUACAUCCGGGACAAAACGGCGGUGCCCUACUUCUCCAACCUGGUGUGGUUCAUCGGCAGCCACGUCAUCGAGCUGGACAAGUGUGUGCAGACGGACGAAGAGCACACGAACAAAGGGAAGCUGAGCGACCUGGUGGCAGAGCACCUGGAUCACCUGCACUACCUGAACGACAUCCUCAUCAUCAACUGCGAGUUCUUGAACGACGUUCUGACCGAUCACCUGCUGAACCGCCUGUUCCUGCCUCUCUACGUCUACUCGCUGGUCAGUCAGGAGCAGAGUGAAGAUCGCAAGAUUAACCCUCAGGUGUCGCUCUACCUGCUGUCUCAGGUGUUCCUCAUCAUACACUACCAGCCCCUGGUGAACUCUCUGGCUGACGUUAUUUUAAAUGGAGACCUGACUGUGUUCACACCCCAACCAGAACAGAACACGCACAAGACCUCAUCUGGUGCUGCAGUGCGACGCUUCACCAAGCCACCAGAGAGUCUGGAGCGCUCGCUGGAGAUGAGUCGGCAUCGAGGCAGGAAGAGGACGCAGAAGAGACCCAACUACAAGAACGUGGGGGAGGAGGACGAGGAGGAGAGGGGAACCGACGAAGGCCUGGACGAGGAGAAGGAGAAGGCUAAAGGUACAGAUGCUAGCUCAAAGGCCAGCAGGACGAGUGGGGACACAGAAGAGAUUGAGAUGGUGGUUAUGGAGAAGGGCAAAAUCUCAGACAUGUCCACACUAGCGGAGCAAAAUAUUACAGACGAGGAGAAAACGGCUGCAGCUGCUGCUGGAACAGAGGGAAAGAGAAGCAGGCCCUUCUUGGACAUGGUGUACAAUGCUCUUGACUGUGAGAAGGAAGACUACCAUGCCCUCUUUGUCCUCUGCCUCCUCUUCGCCUUGUCUCACAGCAAAGGUAUAAACUUAGAGCUGCUGGAGAAGUUUCAGCUGCCGGCUCCAGGUCAGGAGAGGAGCAGCUACAGCCAUGUUCUUGUGGAAAGACUGAUCAGGGUCAUGAACCAUGCUGCUCUCCCAGACGGGAGGGUGCGCCUGGCCACCCUGGAGCUGAGCUGUCUUCUCCUGAAGCAAUCAGUGCUGUCUGGCUCUCAGUGCAUCAUCAAGGAUGUUCAUCUGGCUUGUCUGGAGGGUGCCAGAGAAGAGAGUCUUCAUCUUCUACGACGGUUUUAUAAGGCAAAGGAGAUCUUUCUGGAUAUGUUUGAAGACGAGUACAGGAGCAUGACGAGUAAGCCUCUAAAUGUGGAGUAUCUCAUGAUGGAUGCGUCCAUACUCCUGCCCCCGACCGGGACGCCGCUGACCGGCAUCGACUUUGUGAAGCGGCUUCCGUGCGGUGACGUGGAGAAAACCCGCAGAGCCAUCCGUGUGUUCUUCAUGUUGAGGGCUCUGUCCCUACAGCUGCAGGGGGAACCGGAGACACAGCUGCCCCUGACGCGCCCCGAAGACCUCAUCAAGACCGACGACGUCCUCGACCUCAAUAACAGUGAUCUCAUCGCUUGCAUGGUGGUGAGUAAAGACGGCGUCCAGGCACAGAGGUUCCUGGCUGUGGAUGUUUAUCAGAUGAGUCUGGUGGAACCCGAGACCAAGCGCCUGGGCUGGGGGGUCGUCAAGUUCGCAGGUCUCCUGCAGGACAUGCAGGUGUCUGGUGUGGAGGAUGACAGCAGAGCGCUGAACAUCACCAUCCACAAACCCACAUCCAACCCUCACGCCAAACCCCUCCCCAUCCUGCAGGCCUCCUUCAUCUUCGCCGAUCACAUCCGCUGCAUCAUCGCCAAGCAGCGACUGGCUAAAGGACGCAUCCAGGCAAGAAGGAUGAAGAUGCAGAGGAUAGCGGCUCUCCUCGACCUUCCCGUCCAGCCUUCGUCUGAAGUGCUAGGGUUUGGUCAGUCCGCUUCUUCUUCUUCUUCCUCAUCCUCGUCCCAGCUGCCCUUUCGUUUCUACGACCAGGCACGGCGAGGGCCGUCGUUCGCCUCGGUAGAUAAAGUUCCAGGUUUCGCAGUGGCCCAGCAGCGCAGCUCCAGCAACACGGUUCAGACUGACGCCAACACCACCAGCAGUGUGUCUACACACAGCACUUCAGUGCCCCUGGCCCCGAGCCUGACCCCCGCCGCUCAGCCCACCAUCUCCCUGCUGUCAGAUACCAACACAGACUCGCUCAGCGUCGACUCGCUCACCCUCCUGCCCCCAGCCGACCCUCCCUGCCUCCGCCGCUUCAGCCGGGACGAGGCCGCACCCGCUGGCCCAGAUACUCGUACCGCACCUAACCUACAGGGCGCAGAAGACAGAAAGGACAUCUCAGCAUCAUUAGAAGAACACGGGUCUUAUACCAGAGAGAACGAUCGAGACGGUGAACCCCAUCAACCUGAUUCCGAACCAGCGAAAGUUUCUGAACCUGAUCUAACGUCAAGGUCAAGAGAGAAAGUCGAGAGUGAAGCGGAGGACAACCUGGAUCUGGAACAGGAGACUGAAAUAGACUGAGAUACUUUUGCUGUUUAUUUUUUUUUCUUUUCUUUUUGUUUGUUGAGAAACCAGCUGAACGUCAGAUUUCUGUUUGUUCUUCACAGCGGUGGCUUCCGUCACGUCACGUUUCGUGCCUCCUCUUUGUUUAAGAACAUUCUUGAACGUAUUUCUUUUCUCCACAACAGUAGGGUUAUUGAUCAUGUUUUUCAAAGCACAUCUUUGUUUCCGGUCUCAGCACCACAGUUUGUUUUAUUUUCUGUGCUAUGGUGCUGUGGGCAGGAGUGUGUUCUGAGUUAUGACUGCAUGAGUGAGUGGGAUCGGUCUGGAUAUGUGUGUGUGAGUCCUGUGAUUGAUUAUGUGACUGAAGUGAGAAAGAAGGAGAGGGAAGAGGAGAGUGGGUUUGUUUUUAUAAAUAUGUGGGCGAGGGGAUACCCGCUCUGUUUUAUCAGUCUUAACACUGAGGAAUGUACCAUGAGCUCUGGGUCUGUCUGUCUGUCCAGCGGUGCUCUCCUGGACACCUCUCUCACUUUGACUGAACACACAUUUGCACUUCAAGAGCCGCGAUUUUUUUUACUUUUUUUUUUUUUUUCCUUUCAGACUGUAAGUGGAAAUCCGGAGGUGAACACACCCUCCACGCGGUCAGGAGAAACUCCACAAAGUAAAUUUACUCACCUAUAAUGGUGUAUGCAACCACAACAAAUCCCACACUGUCUAAAUGUUCAAAUCUGGUUCUGCAUCAUCACACUCGAGUCUUAGCGCUCAUCUCGAACCUCUGUUUCACAGUUUGUUUUAUCGCUUCACCUACUACAACCAAGUCAUAAAGGAUUUUGUGUUCGAUCCGACGAGCCGUGUGUGAUUUCGAGCGAGGAAAACGUACGUACUCCCAAAACCCAACAUGCAGCCUGCUGAAGUUUAAAUUAAAAAUGUCAUCGAUAAGAAAAAGACAAACCAAGAGAUGAACAGUCACUUUGAUGAAAACAUUAAAAGAGUCCAGAUUUUAAAAACACAGCUUGUUUAUUAUUUUCAUCUUUUAUUAUUCAUGCCACAGAUUAGCUAAGAGGUGAAAUGUUAAACCCCCCUGACAGCUUCUUCGUGUUCAGAAGGAAAUAAAAUGAUCAAUAAUUCAAACACCUCAAAACAAGCAAAUGGGGGGGAAAAAAAUUCAGGUUAUAAACUUAAUAAAAAAAAAAAAAAGUAAAGUUUCAUAGUUUUGCUUUGAUUAUCAUAUUUUUGUCUGAUUUAUUGGUUAAUGUUUGUUAUUUUGUCUCAUGUUUAUCUCUGUAUAUUAUUCAGGCUCCAAGGGCAUGAAUAUUAAUUAAGCAGUGCACACAGCAGGCUUGUGAUUGGCUGAAGAGAGAGCAUCUCAUUUACACACAGAUCCCUACGCAGGUAGACAGAUGAGAUGUUAGCAACAAAAAGAUCAUCAAAAUGAGUUUUAUUAUUAUUAUUAUUAUUAUUAUUAUUAUUACACGUUUGUCUGUUUAUAUAAAACACAAUCUGUUCAUUUAUUGCUCCAGAUUCCACGUACAGAACUGUCUGUGUGGGCCGAGCAUACGUUCACUCGCUUGCACUCUCUCCCGUCAAUCACAGGGACGCACCCUGGAUAAGUGCUGGAAAAAAAUGGGGGACGUUUAUCAACACGUGCAUUUUUAGCAGCUUGUGACACUUUAGUGCUCAGAAGUGUUUUUCUCCUAACCGCAAUAACUCGUUUUAGAGAGGACGAAGCAGAAAUGUCCGAUUUUGUACAGCCGUGAUUAACGACUUGCUCUUUGCUACCUUUAAUAAGAAGUUUCCUUUUUUCUGUACAGAAUGUUUUUCAGUGUCGCUAACGACAUCGUUACGUUGCAGCGAGAUGAUGACGAUCACAUGAAAUCCUUUGUUCUCAUGAGAAGAUGGACACAUUUCAGCUUUGAUCUGCAAUAACGGUAAACUAUUAAAAAAGAGAAAAAAAACGCACAAACUAAUUUAUUUUAUUUUAAGUGAGCACAAAAACUGCUGUUUGGAUUUUUAUCAUUCUUAAUAAAGCAGCAAAUAGACAAGAGGGAGAAAAUGUUCGGUUCUCGGAUCGAUGUUUUGUUUUUUAUUUAAAUUCUUUUUCGAAGGUGACCUUUAAAGCAAUACAGUAAAUGUGUGCAGUAUUUUCACUGUAUAUAAAUGUCAUGUCCAUCAUGAAGAAAAACGAAACAAGCAACAACAAAAAAAAAAAAAAACAGUAUCAAAUGAUUUUGAUGGUUUUUUCACCGUCAAGUUGCAGUCGGCUUUUUAAUCUCUUACGAUUGCUUUACUGAAGGAUAUAAAUAACGACAUGCAAUAAAUUAUUCUGUAUAUAAACGG